AUGAAGGACGACACUAGUAUCGGUGGCCAACCCCGGGCUGAACGGGAUAUACAAGACGCUCCUGUCGAAAUCUUCGACAUGCAAGGUCUUCCUGUCGAGAUCUUCGACGGUAUCCUUCGCAACAUUCACGAGGACAAGCUUGCGAUUCUCGCAUGCUCCCGUGUGUCGCGCCUAUGGCGCGAAAUCGCCCUUCCCUACCUCUUCGCAUCCAUCGAUAUCUACCGCGAGGACUCUUUUGACGAUCUUCAAGACUUUCUCGACACAAAUAUCGAACUUGCCCGCCUUGUGCGCCGGCUCCGCCUGACGAGCCAACGGGACCCAACAGUUCAUCUCCAGUCCGACAGCUUUCCAAUUCUCGAUCGCACCAAGCUUCGCAACCUCACCGCAGCACUCCCCCAGCUGGAAGAACUUCACCUUUACAUGAUCUUAUUGGUCGACUCGAGUCCAGAUGCCCUAGGCGGCCCGGAUCAGUGUCUACCCACACGGAGGCUGGAGACGCUGACCAUCGAGUUCGUUAACCCUCGUUCCUCAAACACACCUCAAUCUCUCCUCACCUUCUUCAACACCAUCUCGGUCUUUACAUCGGUAAAGACGCUCGUGCUAACCUGGCCCCCCAUUCCCGAUGCUCUCCUCGACCCGGCACACCUUAUCCGCACGUUGGACGUGGGCGCACUCAUCUCCCGCACACCCUUUAUUGCACCCGAAGAGCGAUGGCACCUUCUGUACGACGCACUGCGAAAAGCCCUCGUUCCAGGAUGCCUCCGCGCGCUGCAUCUUGGGGGCAGAUAUAAUAUAUCAGCAGGGCACCAGCCAGCAACAUUACGCAGCUUCGGUCAGCUCGUACGACAUGCGGCCCCGAACGCACUGCGUAUCGACAUCCCGUUCCCAGCACGCUGGCCCGUCAGACCGGGCGAAGACAGUCCAGAGCAUUGGCGCUGCCUGAACCUCAGCUCGUGUACUUCCGUCACCACCGUGAUGCACCGGAUCCACCUGUAUAGCAUCGACACGCACGUUCCUCUUGCUCGGGUCUGCAUCGCGAUGCUCGCGAACGUCCCUACAACCCUCCGCGUAUUCACGCUCAAAGUCCACGGUGACGCGACGGAGUAUGCGCGAGGCGACAGCGCGGAAAGGAUCGGUCUGCGGGAGCUUGACACCGCGAUGAUUGAGCGUUUCGAGCGGCUGGAGAGAGUCGAGGUGAUGGUGUUUAUUGACUUGCAGCAUCGUGAAGGAGUCAGCGUCGACUUGCAGGAGUACGCGUUGGCGGUAUCAAAGGCGAUGCCGAGGCUGCAGGCAAAGGGAAUGCUUCAAGUCUCUGUCGAUGAUGAUUAGGUAUAUAUGGCGACUUUUUGAUUACCUCGUAUCGAAGCAGCAUCC